UUUGUUUAAUGAACAAUGGAGACUGCAAAGAAGAAAGCUGUAGGUGCGAUCGGUGUAUUAGCGGCGGACUACAGCAACACAACCAGGAGGACUUUGAGAUGGAUAGCAGACGCGCUACCAGCCAUGGAAGCAACAGACGCAGCUUCACCCGCCACCACCACCACCACCCAGAAACCUCCGCCUCCCUGUCACGGCGGCCACUCCCACGGUCUCCUGGAGUGGCGUCGGCGGGUCCGGUCGGAGUACAUGCGCCUUCGCCAGUUGAAGCGCUUUAAGAAAGCCGAGCAGGUCAAGGGCGUCUUUGUGGCCAACCGGCUAAAGAUUGAGGAGCAGAGCAACGUCCUGAAUGAAGAAUGGUCCAAACUCAGGAUCCAGUCUGUCCCCUUGUCGACAUCGAGUGGACCUACGGCAACUAAGAAGAUGUGCACCGUGGAGUCUGGCUUCCCGGGAUUCAAAGUUCAAGCCGUCGCCAUGAAGACUCUGUCCACUGUGGCGGCAAUCCCCUUCAUGUACUCCUGGUCGCCUCUGCAGCACAACUUUAUGGUGGAGGAUGAGACAUUUCUGCACAACAUUCCUUACAUGGGUGACGAGGUGCUGGAGCAGGACGAGGCCUUCCUGGAAGAGCUGAUUGACAACUACGAUGGUGUCCAUGGCGACAGAGAGGGGGGGUUCAUUAGCGACGAGAUCUUUAAGGAGCUGGUGGAGGCCCUCAGCCAGUACUCUGACCACGAGGAUGACGACAAGGAGGAAGCGGCGCCCGACGGGGCGAUAAAGAAGGAGGACGAACGAGCCAUGAGGCGCAGCUCGGCGGAAGGUUCUGAGGAGACCAAACCGCCGUUCAUCAGGAGGAAGAGGAGGAGCGCUGUUGAGGUGCGGGACCCGUCCAGCUGUAAGAAGAUCCCCAGCGACAAGAUCUUCACAGCCAUCGCCUCCAUGUUUCCGUACAAGGGCACCACGGAGGAACUGAAGGAAAAGUACAAAGACCUCCUGGAGCCCCCGAGCCCGGUCAAGCUGCCCCCUCUGUGUACCCCCAGCCUGGACGGGCCCUUCGCAAAGUCUGUGCAGAGGGAGCAGUCGCUGCACUCCUUCCACACGCUCUUCUGCAGGCGAUGCUUCAAAUACGACUGCUUCCUGCACCCUUUCCACGCGACACCCAACAUGUACAAGAGGAAGAGUAAAGAGAUCCGGAGGGAGACGGAGCCGUGUGGUGUCGACUGCUUCCUGUUGCAGAAAGGGGCUAAAGAGUUUGUGGAUCAGAACAUGCUGCGCUCUCGGAGGUUCCGGAAGAGGCGCAGGCAGCACCAGCAACAACAACAACAACAACAGCAGCAACAGCAGCAGCAGCAACAACAGCAGCAUCCCGCCAGCUCAAGCUGCCCCGGAUCGUCGGUUUCUGCCGAGGAGAGCAAAGAUGGAGAGAGUGACGGUGAGAGUGACGGUGAGAGUGACGGUGAGACUUCGUCCUCCUCAGAGGGCAAUUCACGUUGUCAAACUCCUACCAAGCUGCGCCCAGUCGAGGAUGAAGGUGUUCAGCAUCAGCAGCAGCAGCAGCAGCAGCAGCAGGCAACGUGCUGUGUGGCUGAGUGGAGCGGUGCGGAGGAGUCUCUCUUCAGGGUGCUGCACGGCACCUACUUCAACAACUUCUGCUCCAUCGCCCGCCUCAUCGGCACCAAGAACUGCAAGGAGGUAUACGGGUUUGCUGCAAAAGAGGUCCUCCUCCAUCGCGUGCCGCUGGAGGAUGGAGGCAUCUCUCCGCAAAAGAAGAAGAGGAAACACAGGUUAUGGGCCAAGAUUCAGCUAAAAAAAGAUAACUCGUCCAAUCAGGUGUACAACUACCAGCCUUGUGACCACCCGGACCACCCGUGUGACAGCACUUGCCCGUGCGUGAUAACGCAGAAUUUCUGCGAGAAGUUCUGCCAGUGUGAACACGAGUGUCAGAACCGCUUCCCGGGCUGCAGGUGUAAGACACAGUGUAACACCAAGCAGUGUCCUUGCUACUUGGCUGUCAGGGAGUGCGACCCGGAUCUGUGCAUGACCUGCGGCGCGGCGGACCACUGGGAUAGCAAAGGGGUCUCGUGCAAGAAUUGCAGCAUCCAGAGGGGUCUCAAAAAGCACCUUCUGCUGGCGCCGUCGGAUAUCGCUGGAUGGGGCACCUUCAUCAAACAGCCCGUGCAGAAGAAUGAGUUCAUCUCCGAGUAUUGCGGUGAGCUCAUCUCCCAGGACGAGGCGGACCGGCGAGGCAGAAUUUACGACAAGUACAUGUCCAGCUUCCUGUUCAACCUGAACAAUGACUUUGUGGUGGACGCCACGAGGAAGGGCAACAAAAUCCGCUUCGCCAAUCACUCGGUCAAUCCCAACUGCUACGCCAAAGUGGUGAUGGUAAACGGAGACCACCGCAUCGGAAUUUUUGCCAAGCGGGCUAUCAUGCAGGGGGAGGAGCUCUUCUUUGACUACAGAUACAGCCAAGCCGACGCCCUCAAAUAUGUGGGCAUCGAGAGAGAGGUGGACAUGUCUUAGCCCCGCCCACAACGUCCCGCCCUCCCAUCCACGAAACGCCUCCGUCCCUCUCUGCGGCAUCGCACGUCAUCUCUGUCCUCGCUGCUGCACUUCCAAAAAUAGACAGCCCCCCCCCCCCCCCCUCCGUCCCUGCUUCUUUGCAGGUGCAUUUUCCCCCCGCAGACAAAGCUCCGCCUCCAGCAGUAUGUAUACGCAACGCUUCUCAAUAUACGAUUAGUCCGUGUUGCUAAGGGUUCUUUUUCACUUCAUUUAAGCAAAGAUGCUGCAGCGUACAGUGUGUAGUUUUUGUUACAGCGCUCGUAGACUUUAAGGCUCACGUUCUAUUCCUCCAGCUCCAGCUUCUACUAGCAGGCAUGCACGCGUCGUCUUUCAAGAUGAAUAAACUCGUUUAGUUCACAGCAGGUCAAGUUACCCCUCUAUGGUAAAGCGUUGUACAUUUGCUUUGUUGUCCUGCAGCAAAUAUGUAAUAGGCAAGAAACCGACUGACUGAAUGUAACCUGUAGACUGCGACGACGAAGAGAUCCCUCCUUAUUGUACUUUGUUUUUUUUUUAAUUAAAACAUUUACCCGUC